CCACGCGACGGCGGCAGCUCGUCGCUUUCUCCAUCCUCACGCUCGCGCUCGUGCUAGCCUCCUCCCAUAAGAACCAUCGCAUCGCGGUCGCGGCGCGCGCGCACCACCGGACCCCAACCACAGCUCGUUCCCUCCCUCGCACGCACGCACGCACGCACGCACGGCCGGCCGGCCGGCCCAGAGGAGCGGAGCGCGCGCGCUCUCCAAGCCGGACCUCGCAGGGGCCCCGAUUCCGGCGGCCUUGGUGCGACGCGGGAGCUGGGAGGAGAGGCGAAGGGAAUGGCAGGCGCGCCGAGGAAGAAGCUGGUGGGGCGGUACGAGGUGGGGCGGACCAUCGGGCAGGGGUCGUUCGCCAAGGUGAAGUUCGCCGUCGACUCCGACACGGGCGUCCCCGUCGCCAUGAAGGUGCUCGACAAGGCCACCAUCCUCAACCACCGCAUGCUGCAACAGAUCAAAAGGGAAAUAUCAAUAAUGAAGAUUGUAAGACACCCCAACAUAGUCAGAUUAAAUGAGGUUUUGGCUGGGCGGACAAAGAUAUACAUAAUCUUGGAGCUUAUCACUGGAGGCGAGCUAUUCGAUAAAAUAGCUCGCCAAGGGAAGAUUCGAGAAAAUGAAGCUAGGAAAUACUUCCAGCAGCUUAUCGAUGCCAUUGAUUAUUGCCAUAGCAAAGGAGUCUAUCAUAGAGAUCUGAAGCCUGAAAACCUGCUUCUUGAUUCACGAGGGAACUUAAAAGUUUCUGAUUUUGGACUUAGCACACUGUCCCAAAACGGAGUAGGCCUUCUUCACACAACAUGUGGCACACCAAAUUACAUUGCUCCUGAGGUGCUUAGCAACGAUGGCUAUGAUGGAUCUGCAGCAGAUAUUUGGUCAUGUGGUGUUAUUCUUUACGUGUUAAUGGCUGGGUACCUUCCUUUUGAAGAAAAUGAUCUUCCAACAUUGUAUGACAAGAUAACCGCAGCUCAAUUUUCAUGCCCAGAUUGGUUCUCUCCAGGGGCCAAGUCAAUGAUCCAGAGAAUACUAGAUCGAAAUCCAAAAACUCGUAUAACUAUUGAAGAAAUAAGGGCAGACCCAUGGUUUAAGAAGAAUUAUGUAGCCCUUAGACGUGGUGAAGAUGAAAAUGUCAGCCUUGAUGAUGUCCAAGCUGUUUUUGAUGAUAUUGAGGACAAGUAUGUAUCUGAGGGGGUGACUCAUAAGGAUGGCGGUCCUCUCAUAAUGAAUGCCUUUGAGAUGAUUACACUAUCUCAAGGUUUGGAUCUUUCAUCAUUAUUUGAUAGGCAGCAGGAGUAUGUCAAACGCCAAACUCGUUUUGUCUCGAGGAAACCAGCAAAAACUAUUGUAGCUACAAUUGAAGUUGUGGCUGAUUCCAUGGGUCUCAAGGUGCACUCCCAGAAUUAUAAGAUGCGGCUUGAAGGAGUAUCGGCAAACAAAAUGAGCCCAUUUGCUGUUGUUCUACAGAUUUUUGAAGUUGCUCCUUCUCUGUUUAUGGUGGAUGUUCGAAAGGUCGCUGGUGACACUCUGGAAUACCACAGGUUCUACAAGAACUUAUGCAGCAAACUCGAGACUAUAAUCUGGAGACCAACAGAGGUUUCUGCAAAAUCUGCAUUGCUGAGGACAACCACUUGCUAGCCCGUGGUAAUGCAACCACGCCAUUGCGAAUAGGAUUUCAAGGUGCCAACUUGGAGCCUUUUGGACUUGUGAUACAUCUGGCGUCUCGCUUUUGAACUGCAGAUCUCCAUGGCGUUGUCGUUCAGUUCAUCCAUCCCAGUUGCUUCUGCAUGCACUAUAUGUACCAUAGCUGAGUCAACCCUAGUUGUAGAUCAGACAACGCCAGAUGUAUGCAGUAUAUGCCGUAGAUCAGACAGUGCAGUAUAUGCCGCGUUCAUAUUUAGUGUAAAUAGUUUGCACAGUGCCAAUGCGGUCCGCAUGUAGCAGGUACAUAUAGGUUUCCAUUAGACUACGUGUUUAGACAAUAAAGCUGGCUGGAGUUUUCAUGCCAAACCCUGUACAAGUUUGUAACACUGUAGGAUGAUCUGAGUUUCUGAAGGUUGAGUCGUUCUGCUGCCGAGGAACCGGCAAAUUGUGAAUGACUGACUUGCGAACAAUAUAGCAGUGCUCAUUUCAUUUUCUCUUCGGGUGCAUAACCAUGAAGCAUAGGAAGUCUUGUACCACUACUGUCUACUAUGAUCACAUUACUGUUUGAUACUCCCUCUGUUCACAAAUAUAAUAUGGAGUAUGUUCCUCUA